CUUCCCUUGAAAGUGGCAUAGUUGUUGCUAUAGGAGACAUUAGUUAUUUUCUUCCUGAAUUCCUCAAUCAAAUCGGAAUUUAUCAGAUUAUUUGCUGCAAAAAUAACAACAACAACUGCAAAACAAGAAACCCUACAUACCAGGCUGGAGAGAAACUAUUAGAUCUGAUCUGUCUAAGUACAUCAAAGCCACAGGCAGAUUCAUGAUAAAACAGCCAGCCAGCGACCAACCCCGAUCCGACAUCCACAACUAAGUCCAAUAAAAUACAUGAGAGAAAAUUACCUGUGUGGAAUAUAUACCAAGAGACUAAUGUAUACCAAGAGACACUUGUGAUGAAGAGUCCGUGGAUCGAGGAUAUUUAUUUGCUAUUAGAAUUAAGGUUUAGACAAUCUGACAGAUCAUCGAUAGAUUGGUAGAUGAUUGGAACAGAUUAAGCAAACAGAUUCUCUUUCAAGAAAAAAACCUGAACAAAAUGUGAUGGCGGUUAAAACUGAUGGGAAAAUGGUAUUCUUAGAAACAUGAUGAUGCUUGCUGUAGGGAGGCAGUUAUGAUCACUCAGUGUCUAUGGUGUUAGAAGAGCUUAUCAUGGAAAAUGGGGGGUCAGGGGACACCGAAAAUGGCACUGGGGCCGACGAGAAUAAAAAUAGAAACAGUCUUGAAAGGGUCGAGCCAGAAAGGAAAAUUACGCCCUUUGAACGUCUCUCCCAAGACUUGAGCGAUGAUCCGAGAGUUUUGAAGGAAAUCACGCUCGGGAAGAGAAUCGGUUUCUACCGGAUCCGGGGCGAACUGGGAAGUGGUAAUUUCUCCCAAGUCAAGAUGGGCAUACAUGUGCUAACAAAAGAAAAAGUUGCAAUUAAGAUCCUAGACAAGACCAAAUUGGACCAGAAAACCCAGCGACUGUUGUCUCGUGAAAUCAGCAGCAUGGAGCGUUUGCAUCACCCAAACAUCAUCAGGCUGUAUGAGGUGGUGGAGACGCUAGCCAAGCUGCACAUUGUAAUGGAGUACGCAGGUGGUGGUGAACUGUUCACCAAGAUCUCAAACGAAGGCAAACUGGCAGAACCAGAGGCGCGGCAUAUCUUCUCCCAGGUUGCUGCGGCCAUUGACCAUAUGCACAGUCACAACAUCAUUCACAGAGAUUUGAAGGCAGAGAAUGUGUUCUACUCGGGCUCAAGAUUUGUAAAAAUUGGAGACUUUGGCUUUAGCACAUGUUCCAUGCCUGAAAGUUUAUUGAACACAUUUUGUGGCAGCCCUCCAUAUGCGGCCCCCGAACUGUUCAAAGACGAGAGUUAUGUUGGCGUUUUUGUUGACAUUUGGGCAAUGGGGAUAAUGCUGUACUUCAUUGUGACAGGAAUAAUGCCAUUUAGGGCAGAUACCGUAGCAAAGUUAAAAAAGUGUAUAUUAGACGGAAGUUACAUAAUACCAUCAUACGUGUCAGACAGUUGUCAGUUCUUGAUUCGUAGUAUGCUUAAGGCCGUUCCGCAAGACCGAUUCACAGUGCAGGAGAUUCUGGACUCUGAAUGGCUCGAGGGUCAAGAAAUUCCAAAGCCCCUGGAGCCUUAUAGUGUUUAUCCCAGUCUGUCAGGUGCUCAUAUCAGUGAUGAGGAAAAAGACGCAAGAAAAGUGCUGAACGAACUUGGCAUCACUGACACGCAUUUUCGUCAAAAUGGUUCCCGGGACUCGAGAUCGAGUGUUACGGGUACAUAUAGGAUAGUUCUGCAUCGAAUUCACAAAAGGCGUCUUGGAAUCAGCGACAACAGUUCGUCAAGCAACAUACAGGAUAUGAAUCGGUCACGUUCCAAUGUUAAUCGUGAUAGCGGAACUGCUGCUCCGUCUGUGACAAAACAGUCAAAAUUGUGUACUAUAUUGUGAUUUUAGUACAUUUCUGUGAUAGUAUUAUUGUUUAUUUACAUAUAUUAUUUUACAUAAAUGAGGCAUAUACAAUUGCCCAUUUUGUUUUGCAAGGGAAGGUAAAUUUUUAAUUGUGAUAUGUUUGUUUUUUUAACCGGAAACAGUAUUGCCGAUUGUAUUACCUAUAUGAAUGGUAUUUAUUUAGUUUUUUUUCCUAAUUUAAAAUCAUUCCAUUUUCUAUUUUAUUGUCCCCUACCGGUUUCACCGGAGGGGACUUAUGGCUUGGGCUCUGUGUCUCCGUGAGUCUGUCACACUUUUCUGGAUCCUUUGAUAACUUUAAAAGUUCUUAAUAUUUUUUUCAUGAAACUUGAAACAUGGAUAGAUGGCAAUAUGGAAAUUAUUAACGUCAUUUCAUUUUGUUCCUACAUAAAAAAUACUGGUUGCUAUGACAACAAAUAAAAAAAAUAAAAAAUUCUGACAAUGGUGGAGUCGGUAGGGGACAUAUAUUGCUUGGCAAUAGUCUUGUUUAAACAAUUUUUAAUCAACAUUCCUAACUGAUUGUUCCAAAAAUGAUGCAUAUAUAUCAUUAAAACAUUACAAUUAAUUAAGAUAAGAUUACAUAAUAAUGUAAAAUGUAAAGUAAAAACUCUAUGCUGUACUAUUUAUAUUUAUUUCUUGUUAAUUGUCAAUUUUUUAUUUGUUUACUAAAUACAAAUGCUGUUAAAAAAUGACAAUCAGAAAAUGAACUGAAGCAAACUUAUUUUUGAUAAGUAGUGAGAUAAGGUAUUGAAUUGCAAAGUAAAGAAAUAUAGAAACAAUCAGUGAGAUUUAUUCUUACAUUUAUUUGUUUUUCAUAAGUAUUAUUAAUAAUGCUAAAAAAGUUCUAGCUUGAAAUGACAAGUUGUGUUUUCAGUGUUAUAAUUUAACACAUUACAGGGGAGACGAUAUACUUAUUUUCAAUUUGCAAGCACUUAUAAAACUACAAAUCGUCUCCCUUUAAAUUGAUACAAUAUACUGUCUAUAUUUACACAAAAAAUGAACAAUCAUUCUUAUAGUCUCUUAUGCUUAAGGUUUACGUUAAACUUUUACAUACAUUUAACAUGUCUACCUUAAAACUUGAGCUAAAAUUUUCAGGUAACUAUUUCUUCUGUCUGUCAACCUGAGCACAAAGUCCAUGGGAGCAAGAUUAAGCCAAGAAUGAUUGUGAUCUAGAGGUCAACCCUCCAUCUUAAGUUGAACCCUUGAUCUAAAGGUCAACCCUUAAUUUGAAGGUUGAUCCUAGAUUUACAGGUUAAUCCCUGAUCUAAAGUUCAACUAUUGAUCUAAAGUUCAAACCUUGAACUAAAGGCCAACCCUUGAUUUAAAGGUAAAUCCUAGAGUUGUAGGUUAACCAUAGAAUUAAAGGUCAACAAUAUUGAACUUAAGGUCAACCGUUUAUUUAAAGGUCAAUCCUAGAUUUAUAGCUUUACCUCUUCUCUUAAGGUCAUCCAUUGAUUUCAAAGUCAACCAUUGAACUAAAGGUAAACCCUUGAUUUAAAGGUAAAUCCUAGAUUUAUAUGUUAACCCUGAUCUAGCCUAGUUACCUUGCUUGCAAGACCUAAAUAAAGUCACUCAAAACACAUGAUUAGCAAAUAAAGUAUGAUCUCAAUAUGACCAAUGUAUGCAGAACUAAUAGAUUUAAUGUCAGAGGAUCAAAAUUUAUAAAACAAUCAUAGCUUCUUUUCAUUUGAUAGCGCAAAAUGCCUCUGGGUAUAAAUUUUUGAUGUUCAUACAUAGUUUAAUUUUUGAUACUUUUUGGUGGACUGGAUCUUUGAAGAAUUUAUAUCAAAACAUUAAUAGAUCUUAAUGGUCAUUAAAGUAAUAAUGUCAAACUGUGACAGACAAUUUAUGGAUGGGCAUUGCUCUGUUAAAAGGGGUAUUAAUGCAUGUACAUAAAGUGUGGAGUCUCCACAGGUAUUAAUGCAUGUACAUAAAGUGUGGAGUCUCCACAGGUAUUAAUGCAUGUACAUAAAGUGUGGAGUCUCCACAGGUAUUAAUGCAUGUACAUAAAGUGUGGAGUCUCCACAGGUAUUAAUGCAUGUACAUAAAGUGUGGAGUCUCCACAGGUAUUAAUGCAUGUACAUAAAGUGUGGAGUCUCCACAGGUAUUAAUGCAUGUACAUAAAGUGUGGAGUCUCCACAGGUAUUAAUGCAUGUACAUAAAGUGUGGAGUCUCCACAGGUAUUAAUGCAUGUACAUAAAGUGUGGAGUCUCCACAGGUAUUAAUGCAUGUACAUAAAGUGUGGAGUCUCCACAGGUAUUAAUGCAUGUACAUAAAGUGUGGAGUCUCCACAGGUAUUAAUGCAUGUACAUAAAGUGUGGAGUCUCCACAGGUAUUAAUGCAUGUACAUAAAGUGUGGAGUCUCCACAGGUAUUAAUGCAUGUACAUAAAGUGUGGAGUUUCCACAGGCUACUCAGGGACGACACUUUCUGCUAAAUGGUAUUUUUUUUUUAUGUAUUUUUUUAGCAAAACUCCAGUUUAGGCGGAAAGUGUUGUCCCUGAUUAGCCUGUGCGGACUUCACAGGCUAAUCUGGGACAGCACUUUACGCACAUGCAUUAAUAACCCCUUUUCACAGAGCACGGCCCAAUUAUCUAGUUACCAGGUUUUUAUAGGCAUUUUGCUAGUCAUUCUUACAAGUGUGGAAUAUUGCAGCUUUCUUUUGACAUGUUGUAGUAUCUUGUUGCCAUCACAAUCUGAUACAUAUUAUGAUACACAAUCAUAUCUGUUAUCAUUUUUGAACCCUGGUAAUGAGAAAAUAGGCCUUAUAAUGAUCGCUACAAUGGCAGCUAAUGAAACCAAGAAACCUGACCUGAUUUUAUCACAGAAAGGGUAGCACAGGCUGAUCUGGAGCCAUGGUGGCUGUAUACGGCCUAAAUUAUGAUAAUAGCCAUUAACUGUUUACCACUUAAAAACAUAUUUUGAUGCAUUUGUAGCACCUUGGAAAGAUCAAUUUAAUUAAAGACCAUUCUUACUACAUUCAACUUUUUAAGGCUUUAUUUCCAACCCUUACAUACUGAUGGGCAGCAAACAGCAUAAAACCUGAACAGACUGCAAGUAAUUCGCAGACUGUUCUGUUUUUAUGCUGUUUGCACAUAGCCAUUUUCACUUUGCUUCUGAGUGGGAAAGGGCUAAUGAAUUGUUUCCCAGGUCAUUUGAUGUCUUAACAAUCCAGGCAAAUGUUAAGCUGCUGUUAUCAAUACCAAAUUUAUGUACAUUUUGCUAAGUUGUAUAAUUGCUAAAACAAAACACAAUGUUUUUAGGAGAUAAAGAAGUAAAUAAUAAUCAUAACUUAAAGUAACAUUUGCUUGCCUUUUUGCAGAUUUUAUCUAUUUUGUUUCUCUUUGUUUGCUAUUGAAAACAGACUUUGGUGUAAUAUUCUUAAAAACAACAGACCACAUUUGUAUUCUUUUAGCAGAAUUUAUUUGCUUAGUUGCUAAUUUGUACAACUACUGAUAAGAAUGGUGUGUAUUGCAAUAACUUAAACGUAUUGUACAUUUGUGCCGUGCUCUGUGAAAAAGGGGUUUAAUGCAUGUGGGUAAAGUGCCGUCCCAGAUUAGCCUGUUACCAAUACAGGAUCUCAUUCUUGCAUUUAUUUAACCCAUUUAUGCCUAGCGUCUAGAAAAAAGGCCUUGGCAAACAGCGUAGACCGAGAUGAGACACUGCAUGAUGCGGCAUCUCAUCAGGGUCUGUUCUGUUUGCUUAAAGGAAUUUGUGUAAGAAAUAUUCUAAAUAUAGAAAUAGGUAUACUAGAAAUCCCUAACUUUGGAAAUAAAUUGAUCCAAUUUAGAAGGAUGGGAGAGUCCAAUAGGCAUAAAUGGUUAAAUAAAGUUAAAUGAAGGGAUUAAACAGCCUCUUAUUUGUUUAUAACACUAAUGAUCAUAUUUGCAAUAGUGAAGGUUUAUGCACAGUUCUUGGACAGUUUUUAUGCCCCAGGUAGGGUGGCAUAUAGCAGUUGAACUGUCCGUAAGUCAGUCUGUCCGUCCGUCCACACACUUUAAUGGUGAUAACUUUUUCAAUAUUUAACAUAGCAACUUGAUAUUUGGCAUGCAUGUGCAUCUCAUGGAGCUGCACAUUUUGAGUGUCGAAAGGUGAAGGUGAAGGUAAUCCUUCAAGGUCAAAGGUCAAAUAUAUGGCGUCUGUACGAAAACUUUAACAUUGGCCAUAACUUUUUCAAUAUUAAAGAUAGCAACUUGAUAUUUUGCAUGCAUGUGUAUCUCAUGGAGCUGCACAUUUUGAGUUGUGAAAGGUGAAGGUCAAGGUCAUCCUUCAAGGUCAAAUGUCAAAUAUAUGGCGUCUGUCCGUCCGUCCCAAAACUUAAACAUUGGCCAUCACUUUUUCACUAUUGAAGAUAGUAACUUGAUAUUUGGCAUGCAUGUGUAUCUCAUGGAGCUGCAUAUUUUGAAAGGUGAAAGGUCAAGGUCAUCCUUCAAGGUGAAAGGUCAAGGUCAAAGGUCAUAUUUUGCAAUAUUGAAGAUAGUAACUUGAUAUUUGGCAUUCAUGUGUAUCUCAUGGAGCUGCACAUUUCGAGUGGUGAAAGGUCAAGGUCAUCCUUCAAGGUCAAAGGUCAAAUUUUGCAAUAUUGAAGAUAGCAACUUGAUAUUUGGCAUUCAUGCGUAUCUCAUGGAGCUGCACAUUUUGAUUGGUGAAAGGUCAAAGUCAAUGUCAUCCUUCACGGUCAAGGUCAAAGAUCAAAAUUUUGCAAUAUUUAAGAUAGCAAGUCGAUAUUCUGCAUGCAUGCGUAUCUCAUGGACCUGCACAUUAUGAGUGGUGAAAGGUCAAGGUCAUCCUUCAAGGUCAAAGGUAAAAUAUAUGGCUUCACAGUGGCACAGUAGGGGGCAUUGUGUUUCACUAACACAGCUCUUGUUUAUAUAUAUUUAGAAUAGUAUUUUCCAGUAGCUGAAUUUCAAUUGUUCUGAAUUGUAUUUUGUAUGCCCCAUCAUCUACUGACAUAUAGCGACCGGCCUGUCAAAUCAUUCUGUCAAGAUCUCUGUCGACCCAAAAUGACAUGUUUCAUAUAAAAACCAAUAAUGUUCCCUAAUAAUCUUUGAUACUCUCAUGGAUGUCAUCCAUCAACACACCCACAUUACUCUGAGCUUAUUUUACCUGACCUUGACCUACUUUUUGACUAAUUUGAAAGGUCAAAGUUCUUGGUUAACCCUAAAUGAAACAUUUCAUUCAACAUCAAUAAUGAUUGCUACAAAGCUUUGAUACUUGAAUGUUUGUAAUCAAUGUAAAAUAUAAUCAAACAUACAUCCGCUGACCUCAUGCUGACCCCCUGACCUCAUGUUGACCUUUUCAUUGACUACCUUUGGAUUUGUUCAGAAGUUCAAAAUUCUUGGUAAAUCCAAUUGGACAUUUUGCUGGACAUAGAUAAUACUUUACUUAAAGUUUUGAUACUUCCAUUUAACACUCUGCACGUUCACAUUCGCUGACCAAAUUUUCACCUUAAUAUUGACCUACUGUUAGAACUACCCAUGUUCAAAUGGGCCAAUUAGUCAAUACUGACAAUACUUACAAUGGGUGAUUUUUGUUUAAUUAAUAAAUUGAAGUAAGACGUUUAUGAUCAAAAUGGCAUGCUUUGUAACAGGCUUUGUAACAGGAACUUUUUAAGUUGAUUUUAUUUUUUAAGCAUUUUAACUUAUGUUAUGUCUUUAUCUUAUACAUAAUAACACAUGUAUGAGGAUGACUACAGCUUACCUUUGUUUCAGUUUUAUAAACUUUAUAUUUACAGACAAGUGAUUGCUAAAUGUGUUAUAAAUAAUUGUGCAUAAAUAAUAUUUAUAUUAUAUUAUUAUACUAUAUAUUAUAUUAAGUCCAUGGGAUUUAUUGGAAGAUGCAUGUAAUCAUAUUUAAAAUAAAUUGAAUAAAUUAUUGCAAAUAUACUCUGAGGGUAAACCAGUACAGUUAGAAAAAUAACACUGUUUUUGUUUGGACACUUUAAUUGACACUAUUUUGUGAUAUAUAUAAAUAUCAGCAAUUCAUUACAUGUUUGAAACAAAUAAGCCAGAUAUUGUUUUGAACAAUCACCAUUAUGUCAUCCCAAUAGUUUUCAAACUAUUAUUUGUUAUUUAUUGAGUUACCAAUAUUUGAAAUCCAGAUCUCCUGGUCAAAUUUACGAAAAAACUUCUAAACACUAAAGAGGCCAGUUGUAUCACUCAAGUUGCAUCACUAAAUCUUUAUGAAACUUUGACGGAAUGUUUUUAUUUACAAUAUCUAGUUUGUAUUAAAAUCUGGUUCGUGUGCGUUUUAAUACAAGGUUACCAGGUCAAAUCUUAGAAAUCUUGGAUACCAGUCUAGACGCAAUAUGUAUGACCCAAUUUUAUGAAAGUUGGUCAGUAUGUUUAUGUUGACAAUCAUAGCUUGACGAUAUCUUUACCAAUUUGAAAUCGGUUCACAUCGUUUAAAAAACUCUUUCAUCAGGUCAAAUCUUAACCAAAAGUUUUGUUAAAAUUCUAGAAGCCAUUUUUCUUAUCCUACUAGAUGAACCUCUGUCUGAAUGGUUGUAUUGACCAUAUCUAGGCUGAUUUAGUACCUGGGUUACGUGAAUCCAAAAAGCUAGUUUACCUGGUCAAAGUCGAUAAAAACUCUUGUUAGCAUUCUUGAAGCAACAUUUGGAACUUAUUCUUGAUCAAACAUUGUUUAGAAUGUUAACAUUGACAAUGUCAAAAACAUAUUUGAGUGUAGGUCAAGUGUAGUUCACCACGUCAAGUGUGACAAACAAUGGUGUACAGUUGAACUCUGGUGAGGGAUUAGGAGCUUUAUUGGAUUUUUUGUUUGGACCAUGUUAAAAGCAUCAUGCAAAUCUCCAUAAAAUACACAUGUGAAACUAGUAUUAGUAUUAAUGUAUGUUGGAGUGUCUUUCAUGUUUAAUGACACUUUUUGUGAAAGAUAGCUGUUGAUUAUGUUGUUGAUUCUUGAAAAUAAUUGUGAAUAACUUGAUUAAAGGAGUAAUAAAAAUAAUAAAAUAA